AUGGCGGAGGCUGAUUCGGGAAGGCGUUCGAGAAUCACGCUUAUAGCAGUAGAUCAAAGUGAAUGGAGCGAGCAAGCUUUUGAAUGGUUCAUGGAAAACAUCUACCUCGAAGGAGACCAAGUAAUUCUCUUAAGUGUUGUAGAGCAACUCCAUCUUCCAUUUCUAGCUGAUGCUGUGGUCAUUGAGGAAUGGAAAAAUGAGGUUCACAAAAUGGAGGAAGAAUUGAAGGCUUUGGAGAGGAAAUAUAUUGAUAGGUGUUCAGAUUUGAGGACUCCCAUAAGAUUUAGGGUGGAGCAAGGAAAACCAGGAGAAAAGAUCUGUGAGAUAGCUUUGAAAGAGAAAGCCACACUGAUUGUCCUAGGAAGUCGGGGUUCUGGCCUCAUAAGGCGCACAGUUCUUGGAAGUGUCAGCAAUUAUGUAAUUCAUCAUACAAAGAUUCCAGUCAUCUUGUGCCCCAAAGAUUAUCUGUGA